AUGGGUCUGGUGAGCAGCAAGAAGCAGGUCAAGGACAGGGGCAAGGGCCGAUGGAGCCCCGUGAAGACCAGUGCCCAGAGCAAGGUCCCCCCACCGCUGCCUCCCCUGGUCGUCUUCAGCCACCUCACUCCGCCUCCUCCCGACGAAGCCCUGGACCAAGGUGAGCAUUUCGCGGUGGCUCUGCACGACUACGUCGCUGUGAACGACCGGGACCUGCAGAUGCUGAAGGGGGAGAAGCUGCGGGUGCUGAAGGGAGCUGGAGACUGGUGGCUGGCCAAGUCACUCGUCACGGGAAGGGAAGGCUACGUGCCCAGCAGUUCUGUGGCCAGAGUGGAGAGCCUGGAGGUCGAAAAGUGGUUCUUUCGAUCAAUUAGCCGGAAGGAAGCCGAGCGGCAGCUCCUGGCUCCAAUCAAUAAGGCCGGCUCCUUUCUCAUCAGAGAGAGCGAAACCAAUAAAGGCGCCUUUUCCCUGUCUGUGAAGGACGUCACCAGCCAGGGGGAGAUGAUCAAGCACUAUAAGAUCCGUUCCGUGGAGGCAGGGGGCUAUUACAUCUGCCCCCGCGUCACCUUCCCAUCGCUGCAGGCCCUGGUGCAGCACUACACUAAGAAAGGGGACGGCUUGUGUCAGAAGCUGACCCUGGCCUGCGUGAGCCCGGCUCCGCAGAACCCCUGGGCCCAGGACGCGUGGGAAAUCCCCCGGCAGUCCCUCAAGCUGGUCAGGAAGCUCGGGUCCGGGCAGUUUGGCGAAGUGUGGAUGGGCUAUUACAAAAACAACGUGAAGGUGGCCGUGAAGACCUUGAAGGAGGGAGCCAUGUCCCCAGAGGCCUUCCUGGCCGAGGCCAACCUGAUGAAGACGCUCCAGCACGAGAGGCUGGUCCGGCUGUACGCCGUGGUCACCCAGGAGCCCAUCUACAUCGUCACCGAGUACAUGGCCAGAGGAUGCUUGCUGGAUUUCUUGAAGACGGAUGAAGGUAGCAGAUUGUCCCUCCCAAGACUGAUUGACAUGUCGGCCCAGAUCGCAGAAGGGAUGGCGUACAUUGAGCGCAUGAAUUCCAUCCACCGCGACCUGAGGGCGGCAAACAUCCUGGUGUCUGAGACCUUGUGCUGCAAAAUUGCUGACUUUGGCUUGGCCCGGAUCAUCGACAGCGAAUACACAGCGCAGGAGGGUAAGGCCCCUCCCUGA